AUUUUCAAAUUGUAGACUAGAUUUUUUUGUUUCAUAUUCAAAAUUAAAAUCUAGGAUUGUUUGUUUAUCUUGAUUGAUUUAUAUUUUAUUGAUUAAUUACUCUCUGAAUUCAAUGAAUUGUAUUUCUCAAUUUCUUAAUUUCUUUGAAUUAUAAGUGUGUUUUAUAAGUAAAUCUAAUUUAUUAUAGGUACAAAAGAAACUUAAUUGUUGCACACAAAUCACAAAUGGAGGGGGAUAAAGGUCAAGAUGGAUCCAAAAAGGCAAGAAUCGUCCCUGCCUGUUCUAUAACUUGUUUUGCUUUGCUGUGGAUUUUCAUUUUUGUUUGCAUGUAAAUUGAGCAUAAUUUUUGUCAUUUAUCCAAUCAAUUAUGUAAGAUGAAUUGAUGAUUGCUCAAGCUGCUAAUAUCGAAUAUAUGAUAUCUAUUGAUGAAAUUGACACUGGAAAAGGUUUAAAUCAUAUGGGUAAUUUACAGCGACCUGCGGAUACUCGUUGGGGUUCUCAUAUUCGAUCAGUUUCUAGCUUGAUUGAUAUGUUUAGUGCUACUUGUCAAGUUUUGAUCAACGUCAUUCAAGAUGGAUCAAUAGCAUAUGGGGCAUAUGAAAAUAUGACUACCUUUGAGUUUGUUUUCAUCUUGCAUCUCAUGAGGGAGACCAUGACCAUGACUAUCACUGACUUACACUCGCAGGCUUUGCAAUACCAAUCUCAAUAUAUUGUAAAUGCUAUGGAACUUGUUUCGUCAACAAAAGCAUUGCUUCAAAAUUUGAGAGAUGAUGGGCCAGAUAAACUAAUCACUGAGUUACAGGAGUAGAAGCUCGUCAUCAUUCAAGUACUUUUACAAUUAUGCAACACUAUCAUGUGGAUAUUUUUAAUGCUGCCAUAGAUUCUCAGUUAGAAGAACUAAAUAGCAGAUUCAACGAAGAAGCGAUGGAGCUAUUUAUCCUUAGUUCAGCUUUGGAUCCUCGUGAAGGGAAAAAUUCAUUUAGGAUUGAUGAUAUCUGCAAAUUGGUUGAUAAAUUUUAUCCAAAGGACUUAACAGAACAAGAGAAGUUACACUUGAGGAUGCAACUUCAACAUUACGAGCAUAGUGUUGUUUCUUCUGAUGAGUUCAAUAAAUUAAAGAAUAUAUUUAGUUUGUGUGAAUGGUUGGUGAAGAAUGGAAAAUCGGUUACAUAUUCUCUUAUACAUCGAGUAAUUGAACUUGUGCUUACCCUACCAGUUUCUACUGCAACGACAUAGCGAGUUUUCUCAGCAAUGAAAAUUAUCAAGACUAGACUUUGCAGCAAAAUGGGUGAUGAAUUCCGUGGAGACUCUUUGAUUGUGCAUAUUGAAAAAGAAAUCGCUAAAAAGUUUAGCAUGGAUUCAAUUAUUGACGCUUUUCGAGACUUAAAAGAUCGUCGUGUACCAUUUUGAUAAUUUUUAAGUUAAAUAGCUUGGUUUCAAUUUUUUUAAUAGUUUGUGUUAUUCUUUUUAGCUUCGUCCCCUUUGUGAAAAAAAUCCUGGCUCCGUCCCUCGCUGUCACGAGGGCAACCCGUCACAGUAGGGGUUAAAAAAAAUGUAACCAUUUUGUUGUAGAUACUGCUAAAAAUA